GUUGAAAAACCAUGUGAUGGUCAUGGAUUUCGUGAAGAAGAACUGGUUCCCCUCCCAGAGGAGAGCCAAGGCGUGUGUCAUCCACAUGUACCAAGGCCUGAGGGCAGCCGAGCGGGCGGCCAGCGGACAUGAGGAGACCCUGGCAUCACCCGACACGAAAAUGAUUUCAUCCGUGGCCAUUUCACAGCUGAUGGAUGAGAGCAAGUCCAAGGAAGAUGGGGCCACCGUGCCCGUGCUGCGCGUGGACGCGCAGCCCCCCGUGUGGCCCGGGAAGCAGACCCUGACCAGUCGCAGCGGAGUCACCCCUGAGAGGGCCUUUGCCUUCCUUCCUGGCCAGUUAGGAAUUCAGACGCCGGCCGGGGCACGAGGAUGCGAGACCGAGCUGCCCCCCAAAGAGGAGAAGCCGGACAGCAGCCCCCAAAAGGGGUUCGCGUCCAUCACCAUUACGGCCAGGCGUGUGGGUCCCCCAGCCAGCACCCUGGUGUGGGGGGCUGUGGGGGAUGCGCUGUGCACCAAGUGCAGGGCCCAGGACCCUCUGCUCAGGGACCCCUCUGCUCUGGCUGGCGGAGCCCAUCCAAGUCGGCACCACGGACCUUUUGCCUGCACGGAACCCCCCAGAAACAGCUCUGUGAUGAGGCUGAAGUUCCCCGAGGCCCACGUGCAGCUGUGUGACGGACACCAGUACUGGGCCCCCAACGUGGAUCACCGAGGGAACAGGCUUCCUCCAGGCCCCCCGCAGCCCAGAAAGAGCCCGCUGCUGUUCAGCUCCUGCGUCCACCUCAGGGUGUCCCAGCAGUGUCCGAACGCCAUCUACUACCUGGACAGGCCCCUCUCUGUCCCCAUUGAGCAAACACCACUGGCCGGCCCCAAGGUGCACAGAUCGGUCCUGUCCCUCCACCUCAACUGCAGUUCCCACAGACUGACACCAGAUGGGGCAGGCGGCACAGCCAACGGAGGGCCAAUCAGCACCCUGAAGCCUCCGCUCCCCGAGGGAGGCCCUGGCCUCCUGGGCCCGCGCUGGACCCCGGCUGUGCAGCCCUCUCUGGGGCGGCUGCAUUUGGGGACCCGCACGUGUCCUUGGAGCGGCUCCCCUCCAUUGAAAAACGCAGAACUCGCCCCCGGGGGAGCUCAGCAGAUCACUGUCAGGAAAGGGAAGGAGGCCUCUGCACCGUGUGGUCACAGCGGCGUUCACGCCAAGCAGCUGUCCAUUCAUAUCCCUGGCUGGAGUUACAGGGCAGUAGAAAUAAAAGCCUUUUCUGGAAGCAACGAGAAGCACCGAGAGGCACGUGUGCCUCAGUCGGCUCCCACGGUGGAGCGGGAGCAGGUGGCAGGUUUCCAUCCCGCUGAGCUCCGCUCUCCAGGCCUCUGUCCAUCUAGCGACCCUCCUGAGUGCACAGAGUCUCCGCAGCAGCAAAGCCUCCUGAAACCUGGCACCUCUUCCCCCGGGUGUCUGUGCCCCUUACAAGAUCUGAGCACCUCUCCACAGGACGAGGAUGGGGGCCAGAUGCAGAGAGAGCUCCCCAGAGGCGAUUACACGUGCUGCGACCUGGUUGUGAAGAUAAAGGAGUGCCCGAGCGGCGAGGCCUCCGCCGCGCCCGCGCCCGCGCCCGUGCCUGCGCCCGCACCCACGCCCACGCCGCCCCAGCCUGCGCCCCCCGAGGAACCGGAGGCCCCCGGCCUGCAGGAAGAGCGUCCUGAGUGCCAGCAGUUACCUGCCACCUCCUCCUUGACCUUGCAGGAAGCCCUGGAAGUCCGGAAGCCUCAGUUCAUCUCUCGCUCGCAAGAGCGGCUGAGGAGGCUGGAGCGCAUGAUUCAGCAGAGGCGAGCCCAGCGGAAGGAGAGCCCGGGGCCGAAGCAGGGCCCCCUGCCUGUCCGCACCAGCAAGAAGCAGUUCACCGUGCCCCACCCGCUUAGCGAUAACUUGUUCAAGCCCAAAGAAAGGUACAUUUCGGAGAAGGAGAUGCACAUGCGAUCUAAAAGAAUCUAUAACAACUUGCCGGAAGUCAAAAAGAAAAAAGAAGAGCAAAAGAAAAGGCUGAUAUUACAGAGUAACAGGCUCCGCGCAGAAGUCUUCAAAAAGCAACUACUGGACCAGCUCCUUCAAAGGAACGCGGUCUGACCCCAGGCCGCCCCGCUGACCCGCCGCCUGGACCUGGGCCGGCCUCAGACGCGGGAUAACCCAUUAAACCUGGCGUGAGCUACAUGGCGUCAAACACUAUUUCUACUUUUUGAUUUUUUUUUACAAAGGAAAACCUAGCUUCCUGAAUGGCUGACCCAAACCAAGCAGACACGGUGAUGCCUCAGGAAGCGGGUCAGCAGAUGGGGGAGGGGAGCCAGUCACAUAACCCGCCAGGUCCCUUCCCUUCUUACUUCUGAAUUCUCCCUUUUGCUUCUGAUCUCCCCUCCCAGCCGCCCGUUUCCACUUAGGCAGGAAGGCCUCACACACCCACGUGGGCUUAGAUCCCUGGGCCUUACUUUUUUCCUUUCCCCAUCACAUUUCUGGGACCCGGACCCAUUGCUCUUACAGUACCAAUCCCAGCUUCUGCCAAUUCUGCACAUCCAGACUGCGUGUCACUGCACCGUGUUUAAAAUCCCUCUGGCUGCGCGCACUGCGUGGUCCAGGAGCUGACUGUGGAGGUCCGUGGGUGCGGGCGAGAGCAGGGAGCAAGCCCUCACCGCCCCGCCCGCUCCCCCAUCUUCCCCUGUUUAGCAACGGUCUGUUUCCAGGGCCUGC